AUGGAGUCACUCCUGCUGCCGGUGCUACUGCUGUUGGCUGUGUUAUGGACACAGGCGGCCGCCCUCAUUAACCUUAAGUACUCGGUAGAAGAGGAGCAGCGCGCCGGGACGGUGAUCGCCAACGUGGCCAAGGACGCGCGCGAGGCGGGCUUCGCACUGGACCCACGGCAGGCCUCUGCCUUCCGUGUGGUGUCCAACUCUGCUCCGCACCUGGUGGACAUCAACCCCAGCUCGGGCUUGUUGGUCACCAAGCAGAAGAUCGACCGUGACCUGCUGUGCCGCCAGAGCCCCAAGUGCAUCAUCUCACUCGAGGUCAUGUCCAGCUCAAUGGAGAUUUGCGUGAUUAAGGUGGAGAUCAAGGACCUUAAUGACAACGCUCCCAGCUUCCCAGCGGCACAGAUUGAGUUGGAGAUCUCGGAGGCGGCCAGCCCCGGCACGCGCAUCCCGCUGGACAGCGCUUAUGAUCCGGACUCGGGCAGUUUCGGCGUGCAGACCUAUGAGCUGACUCCGAAUGAGCUAUUUGGCCUGGAGAUCAAGACUCGCGGUGACGGCUCACGCUUCGCCGAACUCGUGGUGGAGAAGAGUCUGGAUCGCGAGACGCAGUCGCACUACAGCUUUCGCAUCACUGCGCUCGACGGCGGCGACCCGCCGCACCUGGGCACUGUUGGCCUCAGCAUCAAAGUGACCGACUCCAAUGACAACAACCCGGUGUUUGGCGAGUCCACCUAUUCAGUGAGCGUGCCAGAGAACUCACCUCCCAACACUCCCGUCAUCCGUCUCAACGCUACCGACCCAGACGAAGGCACCAAUGGCCAGGUGGUCUACUCAUUUUACGGCUACGUCAAUGACCGCACUAGAGAGCUCUUCCAGAUCGACCCGCACAGCGGCCUGGUCACCGUCACCGGUGCCCUAGACUAUGAAGAAGGCCACGUUUAUGAACUGGACGUGCAGGCCAAGGACCUGGGGCCCAACUCCAUCCCGGCACACUGCAAGGUCACCGUCAGCGUUCUGGACACCAACGACAACCCGCCGGUCAUCAACCUGCUGUCGGUUAACAGCGAGUUGGUGGAGGUGAGCGAGAGCGCCCCCCCGGGCUACGUGAUUGCACUAGUGCGGGUGUCUGAUCGAGACUCUGGCCUCAAUGGGCGCGUGCAGUGCCGUUUGCUGGGCAACGUGCCUUUUCGGCUGCAGGAGUACGAGAGCUUCUCCACUAUCCUGGUGGACGGACGCCUGGACCGCGAGCAGCAUGACCAGUACAACCUUACCAUCCAGGCGCGCGACGGCGGCGUGCCCAUGCUGCAGAGUGCCAAGUCCUUUACCGUGCGCAUCACGGACGAGAACGACAACCACCCGCACUUCUCCAAGCCCUACUACCAGGUCAUUGUGCAGGAAAACAACACACCCGGUGCCUAUCUGCUCUCGGUGUCGGCCCGAGACCCCGACCUGGGUCUCAAUGGCAGCGUUUCCUAUCAGAUCGUGCCGUCACAGGUGCGAGACAUGCCUGUCUUCACCUAUGUCUCCAUCAACCCCAAUUCGGGUGAUAUCUAUGCGCUGCGAUCCUUCAACCAUGAGCAGACCAAGGCAUUUGAAUUCAAGGUGCUGGCCAAGGACGGCGGCCUGCCCUCGCUGCAGAGCAAUGCCACUGUUCGGGUUAUCAUCCUCGACGUCAAUGACAAUACCCCAGUCAUCACCGCCCCACCGCUGAUCAACGGCACUGCGGAAGUCUACAUCCCCCGCAACUCGGGCAUAGGCUACCUGGUGACAGUUGUCAAAGCAGAUGACUACGACGAGGGCGAGAACGGCCGGGUCACCUAUGACAUGACAGAGGGCGACCGCGGUUUCUUUGAAAUAGACCAGAUCAAUGGUGAGGUCAGAACCACUCGCACCUUCAGCGAGAGCUCCAAGGCUUCCUAUGAGCUUAUUGUGGUGGCCCACGACCACGGCAAGACGUCUCUUUCCGCCUCUGCGCUCGUCCUAAUCUACUUGUCCCCUGCUCUCGAUGCCCAAGAGUCCAUGGGCUCGGUGAACUUGUCCCUGAUUUUCAUUAUCGCCCUGGGCUCCAUUGCUGGCAUCCUCUUUGUCACUAUGAUCUUCGUGGCGAUCAAGUGCAAGAGAGACAACAAAGAGAUCCGGACCUACAACUGCAGAAUCGCUGAGUACUCCUAUGGUCAUCAAAAGAAAUCAAGCAAGAAGAAAAAAAUCAGUAAGAAUGACAUCCGCCUGGUACCCCGGGAUGUGGAGGAGACAGACAAGAUGAAUGUUGUCAGUUGCUCCUCCCUGACCUCCUCCCUCAACUAUUUCGACUACCACCAGCAGACCCUUCCUCUGGGCUGCCGCCGCUCUGAAAGCACUUUCCUGAACGUGGAGAACCAGAAUACCCGCAAUACCAGCGCCAACCACAUCUACCAUCACUCUUUCAACAGCCAGGGCCCCCAGCAACCAGACCUGAUCAUCAAUGGCAUGCCUCUGCCUGAGACUGAAAAUUAUUCCUUUGACUCCAACUACGUGAACAGCCGAGCCCAUUUAAUCAAAAGCAGCUCCACCUUCAAGGACUUAGAGGGCAACAGCCUAAAGGAUAGCGGCCAUGAGGAGAGUGACCAGACCGACAGUGAACAUGAUGUCCAGCGAAGCCUGUAUUGUGACACUGCUGUCAAUGAUGUGCUGAACACCAGUGUGACCUCCAUGGGAUCUCAGAUGCCUGACCAUGAUCAGAAUGAAGGAUUUCAUUGCAGGGAAGAAUGCCGGAUUCUUGGCCACUCUGACAGGUGCUGGAUGCCCCGGAACCCCAUGCCCACCUGCUCCAAGUCCCCUGAGCAUGUGAGGAACAUCAUCACGCUGUCCAUUGAAGCUACUGCUGCUGAUGUUGAAGCUUAUGACGACUGCGGCCCCACCAAGCGGACUUUCGCAACCUUUGGAAAGGAUGUCAGCGACCACCCAACUGAGGAGAGGCCCACCCUGAAAGGGAGAAGGACUGUUGAUGUGACCAUCUGCAGCCCCAAGGUCAACAGCGCUAUCCGGGAGGCAGGCAAUGGCUGUGAGGCUAUUAGCCCUGUCACUUCCCCUCUGCAUCUCAAGAGCCCUCUGCCUACCAAGCCUUCUGUGUCUUACACUGUUGCCCUGGCACCCCCGGCCCGUGAUCUGGAGCAGUAUGUCAAUAAUGGUCCUUCUCGUCCCUCUGAAGCUGAACCCCAUGGAGCUGAUGGCGAGAAAGUCGUGCAUGAGGUCAACCCCAUUCUGAAGGAAGGUCGAGACAAAGAGUCUCCUGGUGUGAAGCGUCUGAAGGAUAUUAUUCUCUAAAUCAGUCUUGGGGAAGAAAAAAGAGAGAAACCAUGCUGGCUAGCAAAGAAGCAGUAGCUGAUCGUUGUAAUUGUUCACCAAUGGUUGGUUCUUGAGUGGCUAUAUUUCAGAGCUUUCCCUAAAUGUAUUGUUUAUAAAUGACUGUCAGUCUGUGACAAUCCCUCUCAUUUCAACAGGCAGCAGGGGUGUUCCAUUGGAGCAAAUUAGCUUUGGCUUGAGUCAUUCAUGGGGCCUUGAUGUUGGGGAAACAGAGACAAAUUCAGUUGUGAAAAGUAUUAUGUAUUAAGUGUUUGAAUUUAUAUAUUUUUCUAUGUCAAAAUUAUAAUAAAAAUUACCAUUGUUUGUGGAGGAUUACAUUUUAAAAAAGCAAAAAAAAAAAAAAAAAAGGCUCUGGACACCUUUAAUAAGUUUGCCACUGUUUUGUAGUGUAGACAAGUUAAUGGUCAUUUAUUGUGUACUAUUCAUUGAUUCAGUGAUGUGAAAUUGAGUCCCCAAAUGGUUGUUUCUGAAGCUCGAGUACUUUCCAAUGCCGCUACUUUGCUGUGGACACCCCUGCUUUAAAGAACCCUUUUGCUAGCUGUGCUAUUGUCAUAUUUGAUAUUUCAAGUUGCUACGUGUGUGGUGGUGGCAAAAGGCUUAUAGAAAUUGGUGUUUUUUUCUUAAAAAAAAAUAAAACUACAGACAAAAACAAAGUGCGAACAACUGAGAUGGCAAGUGAAUGAGUAAUGCCACAUAUAUAGGCUGAGUACUUGGAGGGUACUCAUUCACAUAGGAUACGCACAGAAUGGUUGCUCACCAUGUUGCAGAGUAUUUUUCCUGACUUUCAGGUUUCUGCCCAGAUCUAUGAUAGAUCAUUACAGAAAGUCAUUUUUGGAUAUUCUGCUAUCUAAUUUGCAGUUGUCAGAAAUAUUGUGCUGAAAAUUUUAUGAGAUCGAUUUUUCUGAUUUUCAGGCCCUGAACAGGAAAGUUGCUCCUGAAGUUAUCAAUUUCCAGGCUUAGAAAUUCCCUAUCUCCAAUCAUCUAAAACUUGAAAAGCCUGAAUCUAUUUUGAAUUCUAAAUUAGCAUCUUUUCAGACACAUACUUCCUGAUUCAGUGUUUCCCAAACACGAUUAGAAUUAGACUGCAAAGCACGUCAUGGACUGGAAUUGAGAACUCCAUGUAGCUCUGUAUCAUAAGAGUAUAAAUAGGGACAGAGUAAGCAGUACAAAAUGUAUGUUUAGGAAAAGACAGGUAACAGGUAACAGCAUCCCUAAUCCAAUUAUUGUGCCUUCAGAAUGGAGACACUUGGACACUUGAACUCAUAUUUAUGACUGAUAUAUUUUUUAAAUUAAAAAAUGUGAACAGGAAACUAUUAAAAUAAAAAUGCUUUAGAUUUAGCCAACUCUUUGCUGUAGGCUAGGAAUACACCUUUUUAAUUAACAAGUUUUGUUACAGACAUUCUUUUUCUGUUUGUUUAACAUUCCUCAAACUCCCCUGUUUAUUAAUUGUCUAUUAAUAUUCACUAGCCAACAUAGUAUUCUUGCAGUCUGAGUUCAUAAUUUAAAAACAAGUAUGUCACCUUUGCUCUGCCUUGGUCUUAAAAGAGUUGUUUCUAGAGAAACAAGUUUUGUGGUUAUGUUCUCAUCUGUUUCAUUUUUUGAAAUUCAAGAAUACCCAGAGAAAAAGGCUUAGAGCAUUAAGAAUGCAAAAGAUGAUUUAUUUUCUUAAGUUAGGUAGAUAAGUCCACUCUUUUAAAUUUUUUAGUUAUUUUUGC